CGUGACGUCGCGCGAGAGCGACGCGACGACGCGACGGUUUGUGUUCGUUUGUGUUCGUUAUCAUCGGUAUUACACGGUCGCGAUCGUUAUUCCAACACGGCGGCGGCGGCAACGGCGGCAACGAUACACGAGCAGGAAAUAUGAUAAUUACCCCUAUGGUUGAUUAGAGUCUAGCCGCCGUUUGAUAAUAACAUGCUGCUAAUAUAUGAUAAGCCGCGCACGUCUGCAGACCAUUCCGGAGUAAGAUCGAGCCGAGCGAAUAAUCGUCGACGGAUCGCGACGGGUCCCGCGCGGCGAGGCACAUGUGUCAUCGUGGAAUAACCUGGACAGCAGUUGUUUUCGGCUCCGACGCGACGACGCAGCGGCCGAGUGUUCCAUUUGCUUAGCGCGCGACAACAAAGCAACAAUCAUGAUUGGAAUAUAUCGCCUGGGCUUGUAUUUGCUAUUUUUCGGAAGCUGUAUUGGCAAUUACGCCAGAUGGGAUUUGCAAUUUUUAUGCCCAGACUUGUACCAACGGGUAUUCAUGAGUUAUGUACCUCGUGGUAACUUGACCGGUGGAACAUUCACAUCACAAUCUCGUGUGUCCAAUAUGCGGGACUGUGUUAUGACAUGCUGUAAAAAACCAGUAUGCAAUGUGGCUUUUAUGCACAAUAGCACAUGUUACCAUAUAGAAUGUGAAAAUUCCAUGAUGUGUGUACCGUUGUACAGACCCGAAUUAGCGAACGAUAAUCCGCCUAGUAUGGUGUUAGUCAGACCUGUGGAGAACAACAAAAUAUGGAGUGACUUGUUAGAUCAAAUCAAUGACGAUACGAUUGGAACACUGAGUACAGACAGCACUGAUCAGGAUCAAGUGUUAUUCAAUGAAGCAAAUAGAAACACUUGUAUAGAUCAGUCUAGCUGCCUGGAUAAUGAAAUUUGCGUGAAACAUGGAGAUAACGUUGGAACCUGUCAAUGUCCUUUAGGUUUCAGACGGAAUAUUGCAGGCACUUGUACAAUGAUAGAUGUGAUGGAGAAUGCAGAUCUGGGUGUGACACCACAGACAAAAGUCCAAACUGUGAAGGAUAUUAAUACAUCAAUGAAACCGACUGUGAAGCAACUGCUAGUCUCGGCAGUCUCCAAGGAAGUGAGACUACCGGAAAACGAAGUUACGCUGUCCGCGUACACCGUGCCUGCUGAACGAGGCAAUCAGCAUUACAAUUAUGCUUGGAGUCUGCUCAGCCAGCCGGAGGGACAUACGGGAACGAUGACUGAUCAGAAUCGCGUUACCGUGAAAUUAAGUAAUUUAUCAGAAGGCUUGUAUACAUUUAAAGUGGCUGUGAGUAGUCCGAAUGCCUAUGGAGAAGCCUAUGCUAAUGUUAGCGUUUUACCUCCGAAACGCAUUAACCAAGCCCCGAUUGCCAUAAUUUCUCCCGCGUCGCAAAUCGUCAAGCUACCAAACACAGGCGCGGUCUUAGACGGCUCGAAUAGUAAGGACGACGAUCGCGUUAUCUCUUAUCAUUGGGAACUGCAGCAAGGCCCAAUUGGAUAUCAACCCAACCUUGUGGAUACACCCACGCUUCAAUUAGAUAACCUUAUUGCCGGAAAUUACACAUUCAAAUUAACGGUGGAAGAUUCUGAUCACAUUACCAAUUCGACAAGUGCUAAUAUAACGGUCCUGAAAGUGACUGACUAUCCACCUAGCGCAAACGCAGGCCAAGAUAUCAUCAUUUACCUGCCUCAGAAUACGUUGACGCUCAACGGUAACUUGAGCACUGACGAUCGAGGUAUAGCGAGUUGGGAAUGGACGAAGAGCCCGUCCGAUCAGAAUAAAGCGGUGGACAUGCAAAACACGAGAACACCCUAUUUGCAAUUGUCAAACUUGGAGGAAGGAAUGUACACGUUUGUACUUAAAGUGACAGAUAACUCCGAGCAAUCCUCGACGGCAGAAGUGCACGUUUUUGUGAAACCGCCAACAAAUAAACCACCGAAGGCUGACGCGGGGGACGAUGUAAGCAUCGCAUUGCCAUUGACACGUACUGUUCUGAAUGGUACAAGAAGCAAGGAUGACAUAAAGAUCGUCUUGUACCAUUGGGAGCAAGUAAGCGGGCCUAAUAACGCCGAAUUCGCCGCCGUAAAUGAGUCAGUUACCAAUAUUACGAAACUGACGAAGGGUGAUUACAUAUUCAAACUGACUGUUGUCGAUGAUAACGGAAAUGUGGAUUCAGAUACGGUCAAUGUGAAGGUAACACAAAACCAAAAUGCGCCACCGAAAGCAAACGCUGGUGGUGAUCAAAUUGUGACAGCUCCGAUCAGCGUGCUGAUUAUCAAUGGUUCGCAGUCGAGUGAUGACUUAAGGAUAGGACAGUGGUUAUGGACCAGAGAUCAGUCUAGUCUUGCUAUCGGCACCAUAGUUCAGGAGACGGACAAAUCGCCGAUCUUGAUGUUAACCGACGUAGUUGCUGGUAGAUACGUUUUCCGGCUGAAAGUAACAGAUGAUCAGGGUCUGAGCAGCGAGGAUACCGUGUCGGUGAUUGUAAAACCUGAUCCACAAUUGCUACAUCUAGUGGAAUUAACGCUGAACAUUGGGGCCAGCAUGCUGACCGCGUCGCAAAAGAACUCAUUGGUGGUGAAACUACAGAUGUUACUGCGAGAUGAAGCUUCGAUCGUCGUGCGCAAUUUGAGGGCCGAACCGCACACUGGCAAGACUGUGUUGGUGUUCUACGUGGAAAAGAAAGGAGGAAAAACAGCGUUGCCGGGUCCGGAGGUGGUUAAGAGACUGAAAGAGAAAUUGCUUCAAGAUUCCGGUCUUUUACAGCUGUCAGUUGCUAAUAUCGACACCGCUGUUUGCCAGAAUAAUUGUUCAGGUCACGGGGUAUGCGAUCAGGAAACGAGGCAAUGCAUGUGCGAGGCAUUCUGGAUGCAGAAUUUAAUACAGAAGUAUUUCGGCAAUGGAGACUCCAAUUGUGAUUGGAGCAUUUUGUAUGUGAUAAUAGCAUUGCUGCUACUAGUCGUGUGCUGGGUUGGACUUAUUUGGGGACUCGUUUGCUUGUGUCAGAGGAUAUGCACCGGCAAAAAGCGCUCACUUCGGCCUAAGAAAAAACCAGCACGUUACUCUCUCCUACAACCGGAGCCCGAAGACGAUAGCAGCGCAUUUUCGACUCACAACAACACCCACAACAAGAUGGUGCUGUCAGAGUCCGAUACCGAUUCCGACGAUGUCUUGUUUGAGCAUCGUAAGAGCAAGAACGGUAACAUCGCGUGCCGGCGAACUCGCUGCUGACAACGUGACGAGUCGCGAGUCAUUCAGCAUUCCUGUUACGGCGAAACCGAAGUCGCUCUCUCCGCUCAGUUUCCCGUGGUCCUUUCAGCCGGCAGUCAACGUCCCAGUCACUGUCCCAAAAGGACCGAAACGCGAUCCCCAGCCGAGAUCUCGUAUGCAACCGUGUGCGCGACACGAGUUCAAUCUCUCGAAGACUACAAAAGCGAAUAGAAAUGAAGUACGGAGGAAAGGUUUUCGAUCGCGUCGCGAAACCGGCAAUAUCGCGACGGAUUAUUGCCGUCGGAGACAAAACAUGCGCUGAGAAAGGACGAUGGGAAAUGUUUCUUAUCCGGCUCACGUGCGAGAACCGAUAUAGCGCGGCAGAAAUGUGCUUAAUGAACUUCUCUAACUGUUCAACAACUUUAGCCGUCGAAUUCUGAUAAGUGUCAGAUGAGAGCUGCGUUAGAACUUCGUCACGAUGUAUCUCUCGGAUGUGUCAUUCUCGUCACGUACUAUUUAUAUUGUGUAUAUAAAUUAAUUGUCUCUUUUUUUACAAUUUAUGGCACAUUGUAGCGCGACUAUUAAUCAUCCAUUCUCCAAAUUUUUGCGGAACUAUUUGUCUCAGCGUUACGUCGCGCCUAAAUGAAGUGCAACAACGUAUUGUCGAAAGAGCCCGCACUUAUCUUGUUUGUCUGAAAUAAACAUGUCAUUUCCUUGCCUUUGUUCCCGACCGUCUGGCGAAUUUCAAGCUGAGGGCUGAUCUACAAUACGUGUAAGUUGUAAGCCGUAAGAAUUGACGAAUCACAGUCGAUUAUUACAAAAAUAAUCAGCUAUAAUUGGUCAGUUCUUACGGCUUACAGCUUACAACACCUAUUGUAGACCAGGCCUAACUUUUACACGAGAAGUGAACAUUUGCGCGCUCUAAUUUGUGACUUUGCGUACAGGACGCGGGAAGGUUUCUGCGCAACGAGAAGUACGCGGUAACCAUUAAACUUACAGUCUUGAGGAGAUACUAUGUGUUGAUUGGCUAGACGUCAUCUUGCUAUGUGGAGAGUAAAGCGGCAGCCAAUAAACAAAUCUCAAGAAAGAUGUUGAUUGGUCACCGCGUCGUUUUACCGCUUGACGGGUCCUGCCGUUUCCGCUUCUUGUACACGGAAGCCAUUACAAUUUCGAAACGUUCGCGCGCGGAAGAGUAGCAAGAAGCGGCGAUCAAAGGGAAGGCCAAAGGAGCGGACGCGUUCGACGGUAAAAACUGAUGAGUAGCAGCUGAUAGUUCCCCGAAGUUGCGAGCGCACACUAGAAGUCGAUCUCAGGGCCAGGGAGUGUGACGAAUGGAUCCUGUGUAUGAGGAAAGGAUCAUGUCAUGAGCGAGAGUAAUGGAGCCUACGAAUUUCUCGAUAUUGUCUUAUAUUCGAACCGCUCCAUGUGUACUUGUAUAUACAAUGACCGAUAUAAUAGUCUUAAUAUUUUGCGCAACUAGCUUAUUAGGGCUUUUUAACUAUACGUAAUAUUAUUUAUUGAUUAUUCAAAGUAAGGGGCACGAUCUUGUCCAAGCAAUACGUUUACCACAACGGUAGCUGAAUUUGCAUGAUUCGAAAAUACUAGUAGUCUCAUGCUGAAUGUUAAGGCUAUUAUGCCCCGGUUAUGUGUACUGCCGAGGGUACAAUUACGAUCGAUACAUCGCUCCUUCGCGCGGUUGGUACUUAUUGAUGCGAACAGAUCGAAAGAAAAUAUCUCUAGGGGCCCUCAUUCUCGAAAAUUUCUGGAAAAUAUCGAUAUAUUUCAUCAGUUUUCCAGAAUAAGGACCCUUAUCCGAUAUAUUUUCAUUGGUUGAUAACGGUUACCAUUGACGCGCACGCGCAUGCGCACAUGUCGCAUUGGGGCGAUUCGGAUAUUGUCGCGAAAAAUCAUCGUCGUGAUUGCAUAUGUAUUAUUCUAUUCCCAAAGUUCCAGAACAAAUCGAAUAAAACGCAAAGUAUUCAUUUA